GGUCCUGGGGGCCGGGAGGCGGGCGCUGGGCGUGGGUCGCGCUCGGCCGGGAAGGCCUCCGCCUGUCUCCGGCCACGCAGCGGCGGGGGAGCGGCGUCCUGGAGACCCCCGAGAGAUGGAAGCGGCGGCGCCGGCGGCGGCCGAGGCGGCGGGGCGCGAGGAGCUCGAUAUGGAUGUAAUGAGGCCCUUAAUAAAUGAGCAGAAUUUUGAUGGGACAUCAGAUGAAGAGCACGAGCAAGAGCUGCUGCCUGUUCAGAAGCAUUACCAGCUUGAUGAUCAAGAGGGUAUUUCGUUUGUGCAAACUCUUAUGCAUCUUCUUAAAGGAAAUAUUGGAACUGGCCUUUUAGGGCUUCCACUGGCAAUAAAAAACGCAGGCAUAGUGCUUGGACCAAUCAGCCUCGUAUUUAUAGGAAUUAUUUCUGUUCACUGUAUGCACAUUUUGGUACGGUGCAGUCACUUUCUGUGUCAGAGGUUUAAAAAGUCAACAUUGGGUUAUAGUGACACUGUGAGUUUUGCUAUGGAAGUAAGUCCUUGGAGUUGUCUUCAGAAGCAAGCAGCAUGGGGACGGAGUGUGGUUGACUUUUUUCUGGUGAUAACACAGCUGGGAUUCUGUAGUGUUUAUAUUGUCUUCUUAGCUGAAAAUGUAAAACAAGUUCAUGAAGGAUUCCUGGAGAGUAAAGUGUUACUUUUGAAUAGUACCAAUUCAUCAAAUCCAUGUGAGAGAAGAAGUAUUGACCUAAGGAUAUAUAUGCUUUGCUUUCUUCCAUUUAUAAUUCUUUUGGUCUUCAUUCGUGAGCUAAAGAAUCUGUUUGUGCUUUCAUUCCUCGCCAACCUUUCCAUGGCUGUCAGUCUUGUGAUAAUUUAUCAGUAUGUCGUUAGGAAUAUGCCAAAUCCCCACAAUCUUCCAAUAGUGGCUGGUUGGAAAAAAUACCCACUUUUUUUUGGUACUGCUGUGUUUGCUUUUGAAGGCAUAGGAGUGGUCCUUCCCCUGGAAAAUCAAAUGAAAGAAUCAAAACGCUUCCCCCAAGCAUUGAAUAUUGGCAUGGGAAUUGUUACAACUUUGUAUGUAACAUUAGCUACUUUAGGAUAUAUGUGUUUCCGUGAUGAAAUUAAAGGCAGCAUAACUUUAAAUCUUCCCCAGGAUGUGUGGUUAUAUCAAUCAGUGAAAAUUCUAUAUUCCUUUGGCAUCUUUGUGACAUAUUCAAUUCAGUUCUACGUUCCGGCAGAGAUCAUCAUCCCUGUGAUCACAUCCAAAUUUCAUGCUAAAUGGAAACAAAUCUGUGAAUUUGCAGUAAGGUCCCUGUUGGUUAGUAUUACAUGUGCUGGAGCAAUUCUGAUUCCUCGUUUAGACAUUGUGAUUUCCUUCGUUGGAGCUGUGAGCAGCAGCACAUUGGCUCUGAUCCUGCCACCUUUGGUUGAGAUUCUUACAUUUUCUAAGGAACACUACAAUAUAUGGAUGAUCCUGAAAAAUAUUUCUAUAGCAUUCACUGGUGUUGUUGGUUUCUUCUUAGGUACAUAUGUAACAGUUGAAGAAAUUAUUUAUCCUACGCCCAAAGUUAGAGCUGGCACUCCACAAAGUCCUCCUCUAAAUUUGAAUUCAACAUGCUUUAUGUCUGGGUUGAAAUAGUGGAAGCAGAAUUAUGAGUCUUCUCCUUUUGUCUCAGUUCUGAAAAUUAUUAAAAUGAGAACUGGUAGAGUCCAUUGCCAUAUGUCUAAAAUUAGAGCCAAACUCUCUUUUCUUUUGGCACAAUAAUGACAUUUCAGUAGUAAACUGUAAUUCUUUACCAGUAGUGGUAAACUAUGACAGAUUCUUUGUUUUGAGUAUUAAUAAUAAUUUCAAAAAAUGUUAGUUUUGAAAAUACUAUAAAUUAAAAUGUAGAAGAAUUAAAGAAUAAAAAGACUUCCAUUAUUCUUCAUUCAAUCAGAAAUACUCUAACCAAGAUUCUCUUUUACGCCCAUGCUCCUCUUUCCCCACCCAGCUGAGGAGAGAACAAAGUUCCAACAAUAAGAGAAUCAGAGAAGGACAUAGUUCACAAAAAUCUUCAGACCAUCUCGGUGAAUGUCAAAGUGUACUUUGUGUAUAAUGUAAAAAUAUCUCAAUUGUGUUUUUAUUAGAAAGCCAAAUACUUACGAAUCACCCUUGCAAGGAUAGAAAACUCUAAUGUAAGCAUCAGAAAUCCCUAAACCAGAAUUGUUCUACACCAUUCUAUGAUGGUAGUUGACCUGCACAAUGAAAAUUAUGAGGUGCUGUGGAGAUCCUGAUUUAGUGUCUCAGUCACAUUUGGAAGAGACUUUAAGGGUUAUCCAACACAAUUCCCUUGAUGUCCAGAAAGGGUAAGUAACUUGGUCAAGACCACGUAGCUUUGAGAUCAAGCAAGAGAAUAUGAUCUUUUUACCCCAGUCCAAGAUUUUUUAUUUUUCACAUCACAUCCAAGAAAAAUAAAGUAUGUUCAGUUUAGCCUUUAGUGUUGCAUCUACAUAAUUAUAUUUUAAAGCUCAGAAAGCCGGUGAUCUUUUAGUAAUAUAUGUGACCUGAGCAUAAAAUCAGAGAACUCCAAAAAGGAUGCCUUACUGGUACAUAAACCUAAACAAGAGAAAGAAAGUGUUUGUUUGUUUGUUUGUUUGUUUGUUUGUUUUAGAGAAUAGAAAGCACUUUCUGGUUUAACUGCUGGUGAGUUGGAGGUGCCCAGCUGUUCUUUCUAUGGCUGGAACUCUCAUUAUUUCUUCUCUUUCUAGGGAUUGUAGGCACCGCUUUUCUUAAUGGCAGAAAAUAGGUAUCUGACAAAAUACAGGAUUUGUGUAUUACUUCCAGCCUGUGGCUUUCCUGAUUAUAGCCUUUUAUCAGUCUGAAUGGGCAGAAUUAACAAAAAACAUAAAUUUAUACUGAGGAAAAAUCAAGGCAAUAAUAGACUGUCUACUAAAUAUUGAGAUACUCUAGGUUUCUUGCAGAGAAAUACCUUGUAUUCAUAUUUGUCAAGCCCAGUUAUUAAUGAAAACAAGCUCAGUUGACAUGGAUGAAAACUUUUAAGUUUAAAACAUUAGGAAUCUUGAUUUUUUAAAAAAUUCAUACAUUAAAACGUUUUUAAUCAGGCUGGUAAUUUGUAAUACUACAAGAUAUCGUCAAGAUCACUGUAGUAUAUGUAUUCUAUAUUUUUAUAUGUAAAUGUGAACUUAGCUCAAGUAUUUUUUUGCUUUCCAUCAUUAAUGAGUCAUCAAGUACAAUUCUAACAAAGUCUCAGAAGCUUUAUUUUUGUACAAAUUCAUAAGAAUCAAACUUUUUUUAAACAUUUACAUUAGAUGUCACCGAUAAUUUUUUGUGACACUUUUGUAUCAAAUCUGUUAUGUUGAGCUUUCAGUCACACUGAGAGAAUGUGGAAGAAGUUACAGGAAAAGUAAUCGUCAUUGAAACUGUUACAGAGUUGUGUUUCUAAGAAUAAAUUAGGUUUUUUUUUAAAAGAAAUGUAUAACUUGGUAUAAAAUGACUUGAAAACCAUUAUUUAAUAGAAAGCACUAUUACUUUUUGCCAGGUAUCUUCAGAUAUUUCUAGUCUAUGCAUGAAAUUUUAUUUUUAUACUUUGACCUGUUUAUUUUCCUUAUCAAAUUCGGUGAAUUUCGAAUAGUUGAUUAUAGCAAUAAAUGAAUUUUAGCAUGAACAGAAUGUUGAGUGCAUUAUCAGCCAGGCUUCCUUAUUGUAGCGAGUGCUGAAUCGACAUCCAGUACUUAGUUCACUAAGUGAUCAACACUUUAAAUAUGAGAGGAAAGUCGAGAUGGUGAAAGAGGGGCUAAAAAGGGAGAGACUAGCCCCAAUUCUUAACAAGAAACUAUUUAGAUGUAAAGUAUAUAUGCACUCUAAGGAUUUUUGAUGAAGCAUAUUUUUUGCGAAAAAAUCAGUGUCAUAUUUUUCCUCUGAAAAUUUAGUUUUAACAACUUACAACGUUUCAAAAGAUUUUUGGAGAAGAUAUUUUGAUUAGAACAGCUGUUGCUUUUAUUUGGGGGCCUGGAAAAAUGAGAGUGGUUGCACCUGUCAAAUUGUGUACUUGAUGUCUAGGUCCGUUACAUGAUGGCUAGAGCGACUUCAGCAUUUCACCCGCCACUGCAGUAAAAAACCCUCCUCUCUGAAAGUGAGUCAGGUGCCUGAGAGGCCUUUCCACCACUGAGGUAGGGGAGAGAAAGGAGAGCUUUACCCACCUCUGCUGACCUCUGCUCUAAGCCAGUCAUCAUCAGCACCCUACAUUCAAAAGGGUUUUCCCAGCUCCAGAGUCCACUUGUCAGAACGCUGGCUUUCAGACCUUUCGUAUCGGAGGCUCUUCUUUUCCCCACAUGGUCAGAUUUCUGCACAAUUAAAUAAGAAUUAGGGUUUGUUUUCCCUAGGUAAAGACCAAUUGGUAUUAUGUUAUCAAAUAAAAGAGUGCGAUAUAUUAGCAAAUGCCACAUCAUGUUUUAAUUCUGUCCUUGCUGGAUUCUCCUUUAUUAAAACCAUUUCUGCCUCCCACCUAAGCAGUGCACUUAAAUUAACAUUUUUAUAGGCAUUUUAUGCAAUGUGCAUGUUGUAAAUUUCCUAACAGGGCCUAAUUUCAUUCAGUAUUUUCAGAAUAGUUACAGGAAAGCUGUCUAACCGCAAAGCACUAUAAAAAUAUUAACUGGACUAUUAAAGUUCCACAUUAGUGCCAUUUCUAGCUGUGGCAAAGUGCAGGUCUGCCUCUAGCUUACCUGGGGCACUUGGUCACUGUAGAUGUCAGCCCAGCAUCUGAAGUACAUUUGUGUAUGAUAGUAUACAGCCACAUUAGGUUUUCACCUCAGUUCUUUAUUUAAAAAGGACAGUGUACAGAAUAAAGAUAAUGGAAAUAAUUUUAAAAUCAUACCCGUGGCUCAAUGAAUAUUUUCUGUUGAGAAAUAAAAAAAAUCGGUGAAAAUACCGUUGAUCAUGUAAAAUGAAUUUUGUUUUUUUUUAAUGAAUAUUUUGUUCAUUUUGGAUUACCUAGCCUUCUCCUUCAUAAGAAAAUUUGAGAACUUUGAUCUAAAAGGUGGAAUAAGACACUUCCUAACAUGACGUGGCCAACUGUAAUAAGUGAUGCCUUCUUAUGGACUAUCUUGUUUAUGCCACUAGUGCUCACUCGGCUAAAUGCCUUAAUGAAAGUGGCUGAUUUCCACCUAGAAGAUAGGAAAACAUGCUUAAGAAAUGACUAAAAAUGCUAUUUAUUGCCCUCUGAUAAAUGACAACUCUCAUUCUUAAAAUUUCGUAUUAAAAUUAGCUAGUCCUUAUGUACACACACACACACACCAGUAAUCUAUGUGAAUUAGAUACUAAUAUGAAUAUACCAUUUAAAUUGGGUCCAGAAAGAUAAUGCAUUCGUUGAAAGAUCACUCCAGAAAUUAUUCCAUUAGAGUUUUCUUGAUAACAGAUAGGAAAUUACAUGCUUAUAUCGUGAAUAAAUUAAGCUGUGGAUUUUUGUUUUUCAAAAUGAUUUUGUUAGUUUGAAAACUUAAGUUAUCGUUGCACUUGAGUUCUUUUUCUUUUAACUUAUUUUUCUUUAUUAUAUGAAGAAAACUGUCUUUAAGUACUGUAACUCUUCUGAAUUUUCAAUAAAAUACAAUUAUUUUGCUUGCAAAUGCCUUUUUAAAUGAAUUUGGCUUUUAUAAGGUUAAGUGAUAUUGACAAGUGUCGUAAGCUGAAAAUGGCGCUCAUAUUUUCAUAACAUUUUAAUCGGUCUUUGUGGUUAAAUCUUUGUCAUGUGUGAUCUUCAGCGUUGGAAGUUGAUAUUAUGUGCCUCCAAGAUUUGAGAGCAGAAGUUGAUGAAAAAUGAACAUACUCAAACCAUGACCUGAGCUUCCUACAGAGUGAACACAGAAUGAACAGUCUGGCGAUGCUGCCUCCGUGGUUUAAUGUCCCAUUCUCUUAGGUCAAGAAUAUGUAUCACUCACACUUUUAAUACGCUUUGCUUGCAUUAUGCCAACUCACCAUAUCAAAGAUCAUGAAGAUAUUUAUACCUUUAAUAAUAAUCCUGCUCUUGUGAACCUAAUGUAAGGGCAGGCCAUAGUUCAUCAGAAGAGAGACAGCAGCAGCAUUACGCUUUAGUCGUGAGAACUUGGAAACAACCUGAAUGUUCAACAAUAAGGAAAUCAUAAAUUGUGAUAUAUUCACCUAGAAUACAAUGCAAAUUGUAUUAAUUACACUAUUGUCAUACCAAAGAUGAAUAAUUUUGGAAAGAAUACAUGCAUAAAGUUAAUUUUUAAUUGCA